AGCUCAGCGAGUAGCUGAGUCCAUUUAGUCCCUGAUUGCGAGGCUGAGGCUCAUGACGCAGCAGUAGAUAACACAAUCACUGUUGCUGUUUCGCCAGAGCCUUAAAUCUAUUGUCUUCAGACAACAGCUCCAGGUCAAAGCACCAUGUUUCAGUCUGACUGUGGCGAGACGGGCAACGGCCGAGGCAGUGCACGUACUGCUCAUCACAACUUCACCAAGAGUCGCCCCGUCAGCAGUUUACUGUCGCACAUGAAGAAGACGGAGCAGCUUUCACCUUUGUUUUCUCCUCUGGGGAAAGCGCGCGUGCAGGACGCUGGAGUCGCCAGCGAGCAGAACCACGCUGAGGACGGCAGUCCCUGUGCAGACUUCUCCUCCGCCCUCAGGUCAGUGGCCUCAAAGACCUUCUGGGACGUUGAGAAAAUGUCCAUGUUGUUUUCACCUCCUGGAUUUGAGGAGAAAAGUCCAACUUUGUCCCCCACUGACAACGAGGCUCAAAGUGCAAAGGGGGACACAGAACCGGUUGAGGAGGAAGUGCAGCCUGUGACGUUCCAGUCAAAGUACAUUCAGAACUUCCCACUGUAUCAGGACUACUGUCUGCGGGCUCUGAAAGACGAUCUGAACCGGCUCAGCAAGAGUCUGGUGUCUGAACUGAUCACACCCCUGUACCUACAGGGGCUGCAGUUUCCUCGUAGCAGCGCUAGCGCCUCCGAGACGCCGCCCCCUAAAGCGCGUUCUGCUGAGGCGGCGCCGUUCUCCUCUCCAAGCACCCCGAUCAGGGUGACCCCAUGCGCCCUCUGGCAAGACCUGGAGGAGGUGAAGGCCUCUGGUCUGCUCAGGGGCUUGACCAGCAGACAGAUUCACCUUCAGGAGUGUAUGUUUGAGGUGAUCAGCUCUGAAGCCUCCUACUUGAAGAGCCUUGAAGUGGCCGUCAAUCACUUCUAUGCAUCGAAGGCGCUGGAGCAAACGCUGUCCCACAGGGAGCAUCACAUUCUGUUUUCCAACAUUCGUCGUGUGAUGGCAGCCAGUGAAAAGUUCUUCGUGGACCUGGAGAUGCACCUCGGCGAGCGCGUGUUAAUGUCUCAGGUUGGCGACAUCGUGCUCAGACACUGCCCAGAGUUUCACGCGCUGUAUGUGCCGUAUGUGACCAACAUGAUGUACCAGGAAGCCCUCCUCAACCAGCUGCUGCAUCAGAACAGACACUUUGCGUGUUUGCUGAAGAAGCUGGAGCAUGACCCCGUUUGCCAAAGGCAGAGCCUCAAGUCGUUCCUCGUCCUUCCCUUCCAGAGGGUCACGCGUAUUAAGCUUCUACUGGAGAACAUCCUGAAACUCACUGACCAGGAUUCUGACGCUCGUUCAAGUCUUGAAAAAGCCAUUCGAGCCGUUCAUGAGAUAGUGACAGACUGUGACAACAAAGUCCGACAAAUGAAACAAAUUGAGGAGCUGGUUUGUCUGAAAGCUCUGCUGGAUUUUGACAAAGUUAAGUCUAUCCCUUUAGUUGUGAGCAGACGGUUCUUGGUUCACCAGGGUCCUAUGAGACAGAAGAUGGUGGGGAGCACUUCGAACUCCAAGAUGUCAUUUACCAACAUCUACCUCCACCUUUUCAAUGACCUUUUGAUCAUCUCCUUAAAAAAGGAUCAGAGGUUCAAGGUUGUGGAUCAUGCAGAAUUCCCUACACACGUCCACACGGAGAAUCUGAAGACUGGGUUCCUGAGUCUGCCUCCAGAGUCCUUCCUGCUACGUCUCUCUCGGAGUCAAACAGGACUCCCAACAGCCAUGAUACUGGUUGCACACACAAAGUCAGAGAGAGAGACUUGGAUGAAGGUCCUGUCACAAAAACACUGACGGGAACAAUAUUCUGAUUAUUUUAUCUUGCACGAGAAUAAUAGUUAAAUAAUGGCAAUGGUAAUUUACGCAUCUGGUGCUUAUGUUAAUUUAAUGACACAAUGUUCUUAAUAUAGAAUGCAUGUAAAUGGCACUAAAGUUUUCACAAGGUCUUUUUUUUUCUAAUUUAGGGUAUUUUUUAAACUUGUAUUAAAAUAUUGGCAUGUUUUUA